UGAACAGCUCUGAUCUGAAACGCUGCAACAUUGCCUUAUGGGGAAGAAACCCCAGCAGCCUUCGAACUCCGGCCUUGGACUCUGAUAUCGAACGACCUCCGGUGGUUCCCACCCUUUCUACUUCAAUCCUUAUCUUACUCGGGGUUUCGGGAUCUUGGCCGCCGUGAUAAGAGCGUGAAGAGUGCCAUGACUUCCUCCUUUCCAUCGGGCGGGGGUUCGAGCUCGACCGCUGAUCCUUUGGCCUUCCUACGACCCAGUCUGAGUGGGCGGGGCGGCCCGCCCCCACCCAGCCGUCGUCCGGUGAACAGUGGAGGCUUGAAUCAGCCCAGUGGCAGCCACCGUUAUGGCUCCACCUUCGAUAGCACACCUUCAUUUCGACGUUUGCCCGGCAAUAGCGUUCCCGGGUCCAGCCGUCGGGAUCAGCCCAUGGGGUCCCUCGCCACUGAUUUUCACGUUCCACCUCCGACCAGUAAAAUGAUUUUGAGUCACAGCUACGGCUUCAAUACGGAGCGUCCGAGUUUCCACCAACCUUCUCAUCGUGAACACGACCAGUUUGCUCGCGGUCGACCCCAGUUGCCCGAACCUAGUAGCUCGUCAUCGUCGUUCUAUCGCAAGCCACCCAGUCCGAGGGGACGUGAAGUGCGAGGCACUUCGUUGGAUUCCGUCAUGGGUGGGGAUUUCGCCCGAAGACCACCCCCAUCUUUUCCUUCGAAUGCUCGCGACCAUGACGUUGGUCGACCCGGCGGCUUCCGGAGUUUUCGCGACUUUCCGGAAUCCCGUGGUCGCUCUCGUUCGCCUUUGCGUCGAUCCUUCAAAGAGGACCUCAUGCCACUCAUCCCGUUGCCCUCGCGGGAUGCCUUGGUCAGAUCAUUCACCAGCGAGCGACGAUUCCGCUCUCGAAGUCCACGAAGGAGCCCCACACCUCCACCGUUUCGAGGAAGCCCUGAUCGGGUCUAUGGAGCCCCACGAUUGGAACGGGAUCGGAAUGGAGACCCGAUGAGUCGAUUCUUUGAUUCGCCCCCGAGAAGACCUCUAUCACCUGCUCCGCCAUUACGUGCUCCCCCGCCUAGAGCGAUCGGCCGAUUUGACUCCAAUCCCCCGAGAUAUCGUCGCCCCAGCCUGGAUUCUGUGGUCGGAACUCGCGAUCGCUUUCGAUCGCCUGAACGGUCGGUACUUUCGCGUGAGUUUAGGCCCUCUGAUUCUUGGCUCAUGAGCAGCCCUCGACGGGAGACCCGCUUUCCAUCGCCAAGUCCCCGAGCCAGUUCCAGAGAAAACCGCUCAAGGUCCAAAGGUCGCCGUCGAAGUCCAACCCGGGAUCGAUCCUUCAAGGAUAAAAAGAGUGAGCCUGUUCGGGCCACUUCUCGAUCGCAUCGGCAUGCAUCGAAACCACCUCCCAAGGGACCCCCAACGACCACUACUCCAAGGAAAGAGCGGAAGAGUCCCCCCAGAAGACCUAGAUUUGCGGAUCCAGGAGGCAAAUCCAAGACUCCGAGCUCGCAGAAUGCCAGUUCACAUCCAAAAUCCAGGAAAGAGUCCCGAUCAAGCUCCAAAAGCAAUGCAAGUAAUGCCGAACAGACCAGAGAAAUGUCCAAUGAUCGUGAUGAGAAAUCGCGAGUGAGUGCCCUCAAGCGAUUGGGCCCCAAAUUGGGUGUGACCGAGCGACUUGGCCCCAAAACCGCCAAGAAGGAUGAUCCAAAGUCCAAAGGUGGCAAAGAUCGUGCUGAGAGUGGCAACAAUCAUGAUGGGCCCGAUAAGAGGUCGAAGGAAGAUGACUUUGAAGUCAAGGUUUCGUGUACUCCCUGUGGUACUACGUUCCCUUCAAGCAAGCAAUUCGUGACCCAUCUUCAUUCGAAUAACCACAAAGAAGCGAGUAAGGGUUUGAAGAAUCGACUUCAAGUCCUGUUAACGACCAUGAGGCAAACCCAACGGGAGCGUCAAAAGAAACUGGAAAAGGAAUUAGCGUCCACGGGACAGAAUGUGGAUCCCAACGGAAAGAAGUGGCCCACCGUGUUCUGCAAGACGUGUAAAAUAUUCUUGAGUCAAAAGAAGUCUGAACACAACAAAUGUGAAAUGCAUUUGCUCAUUUCGAGCUUCUUAAAUCCGCGGUGCCCUCCUUGUGAUGCCCAAUUCACCUCGCCAAUGGCCUUUGAAAGGCAUAUAUGUACCGUGCCUCACUUAAAGGCUCUGAGUGAGUGGGACUCGGAUGUCGUUCUCCCUUCAUUAGCUGUGAUUGAAAAACAAUUUGCGGAUAUCUCGGACAAACCCGACGUCAAAGAACCGAUUGUGGUCACGCUGGAUGAGGUCACCGUGGUAGAUUUGGACAAGUCCCCCGACACCUCCAACCACACGCAGGAGUCGACCAUAGUGGUGGAAGAGACCAAAUCAAAACUCGAUCCCGACACAGUCAUGGGUUCAGAGCACGUGAAGCCAGUGGAAAUGUAUUUCUGCGACUUGUGCCAUAAGUUUCUGCCUCGACCAGAUAACGGAAAUGCACAGAACUUGAUCGAGAGCCAUUGCAAAUCUGAAUCUCAUCAAAAGAAGUUCCUCGAAGAGCAACCGAAAGAAGAGACAGUCCUAUCUAAUAAUAGUAGCGCCGUGAGUCAAUCUCAGCCAAUAGAGACCGGAUAUUCGUACGCGGACGAUGACAAUGUCUUGGAUUUUGAGGCCGAUUCGGUGGAUGGCGAUAACUAAUUAAUCACUUCUUUUGUAAUUCUUUAGCGUGUUCUACUCCCAAGAGGAAGAAAAGGGAGCAACUAUUAUGGUGUAUGUGUUUUCUGGCGUGCUACAAGUGUUAGAUUUUCCUCUUGUUCCUAUUUUUUUGUCCGAAAAUAAAAUUGAAUAAGAA